GGGCAAAAAAAAAAGAAAAAAAAAAGCUGCGAGGCGGCGGACGGACGAGAGACGACAUCGACGCGGCAGCAGCAGGACGAGAAAAAGCAACAAGCCGUCCGGACGUCCACCAGCCUUUUUUCUUCUUUUUAUUUUAUUUCAUUUUUAAAAAAAUUUCCACGAGAAAUGGACGUGUCAGCCUCGACGUGGUUGCGUCCACUCGCCACGCUCCAACACGACAGCGUAAGGAGACGCUGGAGGAACCCGUGAGUGUCCUGGAGAUUCUCCCCAUGUUCAAAAGCAACCGCCGGUGCCAAAGUGAUCAGCGUGUCAAGACGAGAAACAAAAAAAAAAAUCACAGCUGCCAUGAUCCGGGCGUGACGACGCUUCAACUUCCGCGACCUUCCCUUUACGCCACCGAGCCGUAACCGCGUUGCCACCGAAUGAAUCCGGGCUCGUUCAGGCGUGGCCUGCGGGCGGAAAGGCGGCGCCCCGCUAGAACCGGACCCGAGCCGCUCUCGGAACUCAGUCGGGGGCCGAGACGCGGCGCGUAAGCCCGGCUUUCUUUCACGCGUUUGCCUUGAGGCUCAUUCAGCUGCCGGUCACCUCUUUAUUCCUGGCAAAAGUUUACACUUCGAUGUUUACACUCCGUCUGCUUCGCUCCGGCGUCCAUUUUGUGCUCUGAUGACGCCAGAGUUUACAUUUCCAGGGCGUCGCCUAGCAACAAGCUGCGUUUACACAAGGACGCCUUCACGUUUACAUUCAGGUGCCAGACCAAAAUUUUCAUAGCUUUUUAUAACCCGUCCUGAAACGGACGUUGCUUUUUAGUUGUUGCUUUUUUUUUUUUUUUUUCUACCGAGCAUCGCCAUGACGACGAAAGCCACAAACUCACCAGGGAUAUUUUGCUGCUCCCUGCUGCUUUUCUCCUGCCUUGCUGUUUCCACGGUAACCACCGAUAACGAUGUCAAGAAGCCGCCGCCCGCCGGCAAAGCCGCCCAGCGCGACACCCUUUUCCUUCUCACGGGCUACAAAGCGCCGCCGAAGGGGGCGCUCAAGAAGGCGGAGGUGGAGGACGCGGCCGAAACGCCCCCCAAGCCCCUCCCUCAGACCAUGUUGCCCAGGAACGUGACUGACGACGCCCUAAAGCCCCCGCUGGGCGCCGCGCAGGUGGCGCCAGCCCCGAGGCAGCUGGUGGACGUGGACGUGUGCAGGGGCUAUUUCGACGUGAUGGGUCACUUCGACAGUACCUUCAACUGCUCCAAGGGAAGUUACAUCUACUGCUGCGGCACGUGCCAUUACCGCUUCUGCUGCGAGCACCAGCGCAACCGUCUGGACCAGGAGUCUUGCACCAACUACAAAUCACCCGAAUGGGCCGACCCGCAGGUGCCAGUCACCGUGCCCGCCGAAGACAAGCCCGACCCGGACUUUGAGACGCUACAACAGCAGAACAGCAGUACUGCAUAUGUAAUCGGCGGCGUGCUUUCCUUCACGCUGGUGGUCGCCGUGGGCGUCCGGAUCGCCUUCAGCAAGGUGGCGCGCCGCCCGCGCAACCGAGACGCCAACAUGCCAAGGUCACUGGUGGACAUCCUGCGCCACCAGUCGAGUCCGGUGCAACACGGCGAGAGAAACAACAUGCUGACCACCUCCGACGGACGCACGGCCAAAAACAUGUAUACGCCCAUCCUGCAGAGCAAGGAUAACCGCAAGCGAGGAGCCCGCAUGAACAACCUCGGCACCCCGCAGCUGUCCUCGGGCCCCAAACUGAUCGCCAGCAGCAGUAGCGGCAAAGGAUUGAGCCUGGGCGGCGGCAUGAGGCACAGCUCCAGCCAGGCGUCCUUCUCGCACUCCUUCCACAACCUGGCGCAGCUGCCACCCUCCUACGAGGCCGCCGUCAAGCCCGAGAUCAGCAGAUACAGCUCCCUCAAGAAGCUCGAGAGAGAGCUGGACGAGUAUUCGGGUUUUUACUCUUCCAAGCGUCGCUCGACCAACGCGCCGCCGACCUUCUACUCGUCGCAGCACCACCUGCAUUGGGCCGACGACUAUGCGGGGGGUUCGUCCCGAGGCACGCUGCCGCUGGAGGGUUCCCGGCCUCGCGCCUACGUGCCGCCCUCCACGCCCAACCCUUAUCCGCUGCCGGUGCCGUCGGGCUACAGCUUUGAGCGCCCGCCGCGCCGCGUGCGCUCCCAGGACCAGCUGCUAGCUUUCGGCGAGGGCAACACGUUGGCGCGUCUCCUCGGCAACCAACAGCAGCAGCAGCAUUACAGGAACUUGAUGGGCGCUGGGCCCAGGAGCGCCGCAUCGCAGACGCUGCGCAGGUCCCACGAACGUCUCCUGGUGUCCCCUGACCGUCUGGAGGAUCAGCUGCUAGCCAUGGGCCUGAUGUCAGAGCGGGGCGGCAUGGUUCCCACCAUGGGCCGCCUGAGCCACCACCACAAGACGCAGUCCCAGCAGAACAUCUGCACGCCGCCGUCGGCCGAUCGCCACCACAUGAUUAAGAUGAACUCGCACCCCACUUCGGGCCACGAGCACGGCAACUGGGAUGUGCACCCUGGCGCCCGCCGCGCCGCCUUCGCCGGCAAGCGACAGAACACCCUGGAGCAGCUCCACUUCAUCCCGACCGCCGGCCACGCCCACGCCAUGAGGACUGCCAGUAAGAACGAAGUCACCGUCUGAGACGCGCUUCCAGCUUCUUUGGAACAAAAGUAAACCUGACGAUCCAUUCGACGUGUUUUUCCGUCGUGCCGGAAACUCAUUCACUGCCAUUGACGUCCCAUCCAUUUGGACAGGGAGGGGCGAAUGAACAAAUGUUCAUCCGCUUCAAAUGAAUUGGAUAUCUAGUCUGGCUGUCAAACGAUUAAAAUUUUUAAUCGAGUUAAUCACAGCUUAAAAAUUAAUUAAUCGUAAUUAAUCGCAAUUCAAACCAUCUCUAAAAUAUGCCAUAUUUUUCUGUAAAUUAUUGUUGGAAUGAAAAGAUAAGACACAAGACGGAUAUAUACAUUCAACAUACGGUACAUAAGGACUGUAUUUGUUUAUUAUAACAAUAAAUCAACAAGAUGCCAUUAACAUUAUUAACAUUCUCUUAAAGCG